GCUAAACUUCAUGGCCAACAUUCUCUGCUUCCAUCUGUACUUUUUUGUACUGUAUACGUUCUUAUGUCAAACACCAAUGGGAGCUGACAACUCCGGGUUUACUAUUCAACUAAUCCGUCACAACUCCCCCAAUUAUUCUCCCUUCUACAAAUCAGAUGAACUUCAUAUGCAUAGACUUGGCUCAAAUGGUGUCUUCACUAGAGUGACGUCCAACAAUGGCGACUAUCUCAUGAAACUCACAUUGGGAACACCACCGGUUGACGUGUAUGGUUUGGUUGACACAGGCAGUGAUCUUGUGUGGGCACAAUGCACACCUUGCCAGGGCUGUUACAGGCAGAAAAGUCCAAUGUUUGAGCCUCUAAGGUCCAAUACAUACACUCCUAUUCCAUGUGAUUCAGAGGAGUGUAAUUCACUCUUUGGUCAUUCUUGCUCUCCUCAAAAACUGUGCGCUUAUAGUUAUGCUUAUGCUGAUUCUUCAGUAACAAAAGGGGUGCUUGCAAGGGAAACUGUCACAUUUAGUUCCACUGAUGGAGAACCUGUUGUUGUUGGAGACAUUGUAUUUGGGUGUGGGCACAGCAACUCAGGAACUUUCAAUGAAAACGACAUGGGAAUCAUUGGACUAGGUGGGGGCCCUCUCUCACUUGUUUCACAAUUUGGUAACCUUUAUGGGAGCAAAAGGUUCUCUCAGUGCCUAGUUCCUUUUCAUGCAGACCCUCACACUUUAGGUACCAUUAGUUUUGGUGAUGCCAGUGAUGUUUCAGGUGAAGGAGUAGCCGCAACUCCUUUGGUCUCUGAAGAAGGUCAGACUCCUUAUCUUGUCACAUUGGAAGGCAUAAGUGUUGGAGACACAUUUGUGUCCUUUAAUUCUUCUGAAAUGCUUUCCAAGGGGAAUAUAAUGAUUGAUUCAGGUACACCAGCAACAUAUUUACCACAAGAAUUUUAUGACCGACUAGUGAAGGAAUUGAAGGUGCAGAGUAACAUGUUGCCCAUAGAUGAUGACCCUGAUUUGGGCACACAACUUUGUUACAGAAGCGAGACAAAUUUGGAAGGGCCAAUCUUGAUUGCUCAUUUUGAGGGGGCAGAUGUGCAAUUGAUGCCUAUUCAAACCUUCAUCCCACCAAAAGAUGGGGUAUUUUGCUUUGCAAUGGCUGGCACUACUGAUGGAGAAUAUAUAUUUGGCAAUUUUGCUCAAUCAAAUGUUUUGAUUGGAUUUGAUUUAGAUAGAAAGACUGUUUCCUUUAAGGCAACUGAUUGCAGUAAUCAGUAGAGAUCAUUUUAAUGUAAAUUUGAGGUUGAGAUCAAGAGAAAGAUUAGAGAUGUAACAUCUUCAUACAGUGUUCUAAAUAAAGUAUGAUUCACUAA